AUGGCAACUCAAGACCCGGCGCCCCCACCGGAGGGUGCAGCGGGGGGCACCGAGACAUCUGCCACCCACCACCGACAACUGGACGCCGCUGAGCUCCAGUCCUUGAUGCCUUGGCUCAACAUCAACAUGGCCGAACUCGUGGCGCAGAUGGAGAAGGAUGAAGCUGCCAUUUGCCGGCAGAGGAAGAGGGGCUACAACCCUCGGAUGAGGAGUGAACUGAAGAGGCUGAAGAGCUUCGAGGAUAUCGACCCCUUCAUCAGCUGGAGUCCCGAGGAGAUGGCGGGCGUGGGAUUUUACUACACGGGACUGCAGACCAGUGUGCAGUGCUUCUGCUGCGGGGGCAUCUUCUGCAACACGGGCAUCACCAAGACGCCCCGAUUGGAACAUCAGCGGUUCGAGCCCGACUGCGGCUUCCUCAAGAUGCUGGACGUCGGCGACAUUCCCAAGUACGCCGUGCGGGUCCAACCGCCCGGGAAGGUGCCACUGGGCCGACGACAGCAGCUGAUGGAGGAGGGGUGCCGGCUGGAGAGCUUCAAGGGCUGGCCUUUCUACGCGCAAACGGAGCCCGGACUGUUGGCAGGAGCUGGGUUUUUCUACACAGGUAUCAAGGACCAAGUGCAGUGCUUUUCCUGUGAUGGCAGCCUAGCCAACUGGGAGGAAGGGGACGACCCGUGGCAGGAGCACAUCAAAUGGUUCCCACAGUGCGAGUACCUUCAAGGACAGAAAUCCGAGGAGGAGAGGGACCGGUACUGCCGGAGCUAUGUUGGAUUUCAUGGAGUCACGGCCGCAGACUUUCUGAGCCCCCCAACCUCGGAGGACCUUUGCCCAUCGCCAUCAUCUCGAGGUGAGGGACCUGAAUCGCAGCCGGACCUGGGCUGGGGUCAGAAUAUUUUCGUGGCUGAGAAGACCCGACUGGAGUCAUUCUACACCUGGCCACCAGGGUGCAGCACCAGCCCGGCUGAGCUGGCGGGAGCUGGAUUUUUCUACCAAGGUCUGGGUGACUGCGUUCAGUGUUUCUGCUGUGGAGUUCAAUUAUCAGGAUGGGAGGAAGAAGAUAACGCUUGGACAGAGCACCGGAGACACUCAUCAGAGUGCCCGUACCUUCUGGCGAGAGACAAGGCGGCUGGCGGAGAUGCGGGAGGAGAGCAGAUCCUGGAAUCAUCCCUCAGCAUGCCGGAUGAGGAAGCCAGGGAGAAGGACGAUCCCAUCACUGGAGGGAGCCUGUCUAGCAAGGAGGACUGGGCUGAGACUGUCAGGAGGAUGAGGAAACGUUUGCAGAAGCUGUACCGCUCAUCCGAGUUCAACGCCGUCUCCUUCAAUGGCUGUGUUUCCGUCGACCUGGGCACGUGCUACGCGGAGCCGCGCCUGGUGCUGAAGGACCUCAGGGACAGGGAGGUGCGCCGGCUGGCUUUCCCCGAGCUGCUGCGUGACCUCUGCCGGGUGACCCUGCUGGAGGGCGAGGCGGGCAUGGGCAAGUCGGCCCUGCUCAGGAAGGUGGCCAUUCUCUGGGCGUCCGAUCGCUGUCCCCUGCUGGCCCGCUUUGUGCUGGUGCUGCACGUGUCGCUGACACAGGGCGGCUGGGGCUGGAAGGCGGGCACCGUGUGGAGGGAGCCCUCCCUCGACGAGCUGGUUUCCCGGCUGGGCGACCGCCUCCUGGUCUUGCUGGACGGCUACGGAGAGGCUGAGCCCCUGCCGGUUGAGGACGAGCUGGUCCGCGCCAACCACCGAGGCAAUGCCGCUGUACUGGUGGGCCUCAGGACCGACAGGGCCGCCGCCGUCCGCCAGUUCGCCGACGCCGUGGUCUCCAUCGCCGAGUUCCCGCUCUACAGCUCCAUACGACUUUUGAAGACGAAGUUCACCCACGACAGGCCGCGACUGUGCGAGUUUGUCUACAAUGUCGGCAGGUCCAAGACGCUGAGGGCGGCCCUGAAGACCCCGCUGUUCACCCUGGCCCUCUGCCAGCACUGGGUGAGGGAGCCACUGGAUAGCGGCCUGAGCUGUGUCUCCCUGUUCCGCGCUUUCCUGGCCUACGCCGUGCGGCCGGAGAGCCGGGGGGAGCGAGCAAGGCGAGCUCUGGAGGCCUGCGGGAGCCUGGCGCUGACCGGGUUCCUCGUCUCCCGCUACGAGUUCUCCGACGAGGAUCUCCUCCGGGCCGGGGUGGACGCAGAGGGCGCCCUGGGUCUCGGCCUGCUAAGUAAGUUCACCGCUCAGCGCCUGACUCCCGUCUUCAGGUUCCCCCACGUCUCCUUCCAGGAGUAUCUGGCGGGCAUGCGGCUAGGUGGCCUCCUGGGUUCAGAGCUCGCCGCUGAGCGGGAGGAGGGGUCCUCCUCCCUGGGCCGGGUCCGCACCUUCUUGGAGGUCUUCACGCGCUACCACUACCUCCUGGUCUACGCAGCGUCGUGGUCCAACAAGGCAGCGUCGCUCAUCGUCACCCACCUUUUCGACAUGACCCAGAGGCCUACGUCCUUUGACUGCUGGGCCGACGCUAGCCCUGCCCUGGUGCACCAUCCUGAUUUAGUGUCGUACCGGGAUCUCUUCAUCCAGGGCUCCCAGAUAAUGGACCCCGAGCAGAUGUCACAUCUGACCACCAAGCUCGUGCUGGAUUUUGUCUUGUCACUGACUAACGCAGAGACCAAAUCCUCCAUCGCCUCUGUCGUUCUGAAUUUCCUGACCGGGAAACAUUUGCAAUUUCGUGUCUCUGAGCUUCACCAGAGGAAAAUACUCACCUUUCUAAAGGUGUACCCCGAAACAUUGACCGUCCUCAGCCACCUCAAGAUCUCAAUAACUGGGAAAAAGAAAUCGGCCACGAUGAGUUAUUCCGAAAUGGCGGAAUGCAUGAGCAAUCUGGGCAUCCCAAAGGUGGAAGAGGAUUACGUGCCUGCGUUCCAGUCACUGGAACAAAUGUUCCUGACCAACCAGGCAAAGCAAGAGGAAAUAAGCAGCUUCUCUGCUCUCACCAGCCACAAUAUCCCAGACUCUUUCAUGGAGAACUUGGCUUCAAUCCCCGCUCACUACAAGGUCCCAGUACUAAAACUCCACAUCCAUUGCUUCGACACCUUCCGGGAAGAGGAUUCGGAGUGUCUGCUGAGGCUGUGCUCCCUCGCCGACCGCGUGGAGCUCACCAUCUGGAACAGUCUUGGAGUUCUUGGGCAGAUGGAAGCAGCCGUUUCGUCGUGCGGCGAGCGCUUAAGGGCGCUGACCCUGCGCCAGAGUGCUUUGAGCCACAGAGAGCAGGAGCUGGUCACCGCGAUGAACGCCCUUGAGUCGCUGGACCUGACGUUCGCCGACGACCAAGCCCCAGAGUACUUGCUGAGUCAAUUGGACAAGUUUGAACAACUAAAAGAACUCAUGAUCGACAUCGGUGCUGGUUCAUCACUGAAAAUCAUUGACCAGAUUUACGAUGGCUUUGCAAAACUGCGGAACGUCGAAAAGCUCACCCUGUCUGGAGUCAACUGCGUGCUGGAUUCUUCAAAGCUUGCUCACCUCCUCCGGAGUUUUCCGCAGCUCCGGGUGUUCCGCCUGAAGAUCAGCAGCUGCUUCCCAGAGUUUGAGGACCUCAGCAAGGCUUUAACAUCAUGCUCACGUCUGGAGGAACUGGCACUGAGUGAUUUUCACCUGUCUCCAACAGAAACUUUGGCAUUCGCGGCCUCCCUCAGCGAACUCCGGAACCUCAGAGCAUUGGAGGCUCCAAGCAUCAGCUUUUCCAACACGGAAGAUUUGGAAGCCUUUGCUCACGUCCUUGGUUCGCUCGUGUUAUUGGAAAAGUUCCACCUUUGUAACAAUGCCGGGACCAUCACUGCUGCACUACCAUUAACUCAACAGCUGCAGAACUUGGAACAGCUCAGGGAGCUCAUCAUCAACAAGAUCAUGGAUGAUCAGAGUCUGUUAGAGCUGGCAAAAGCGGCCAGGAGUGGUCAUCUUCGGAAACUGAAUGUUCUGGAUCUGAGCUUGAACGAGGAGCUCAGUGACCUGGGCUGGAGGGAUUUCUUCUUGACCCUGGAUAAUGUGAGUGAGCUGAGGGAGCUGAAUAUUUGCCGUCUGUACACCAACCAACUGAAGCCCCAGCCAGACACGUUCAAGGCCUUCGUGCAGUGUGUCUCUCGGCUCCCGGCCUUAGUGACCAUCCGCAUGCUGAGCUGGAUGUUGGAUGCCAUGGACUUCAACAUGUUUAACUCCAUGAAGGAGAGCCACCCCCAGUCUCGCCGCCUGCGCCUGUGUUGGCAGUGGACACUCCCAUUCUCACCCAUCGUCCAGACCGAUGAGUAGAAAUUGGUCCAGAGUCAUUUGGACAUUGGUGGUAGAGCACUUCCUUGGUUGAGCAUCUGAAACUAGCGAUCAUAACACCCUUGAUAAUAAAAGUAACCCUGUAGCACCAACCUGA